UAGCAUGGGGGGGGACCCUAUAGGUCUGCAGGGGAUCCCUAUGGGGCCUAUAGCAUCAGGGAGGAUCCUAUGGGUUCUAUAGCACUAGGGGGAGUCCUGGGACCUCUAUAGCAGCAGCUGGCUCUAUAUGCACGCUAUAGCAGCAUGGGGGAGCCUAUAGACUGUAUAGCACCUAAAGAAAUCUAUAGGAUUCAUAGGAUUAGAGGAACACCAAUGAGUUGUACAGUAAGUUCUAUAGGACUGGGGGGGUCCUAUGGCCUCCACGGCAAUGGAGAGACCCUAUAGGUCCGGGGAGGGUCGCUAUAGGGCCCCUAUAGGCCCCAUAGCACCGGGGAGGCCCCCAUGGAACCUCUAGCAUCGGCAGCUGUCUCUAUGGUCCGCCAGCUCCCCGGGGCCUUUCUCUCCGGCCGGGAGGACUGCAUCUCUGUGGCCGCAACUUCCGGCCGGCGGCCGAGCGCGCUUCCCGCGGCUCCCUCCUCCCGCCCCCCGCUCCUCUAUGCUCCCGGCGCUCCAGAGCGUCCGCUUCCGGGCCGCCGCUCCCUCCGCCGGGCCGCCAGCGCGCCGCGCCGCAACCCCGCCGCCCCCCGGCGCCGUCUCUAUGACCCGCCCUUAAAGGCGCCCCCCCCCCCCAUCACCGGGCCGGUUUUCGCCCCUCCGACAGGGCCAAGAUGGCGCAGGCCCUGUCGGAGGAGGAGUUCCAGCGCAUGCAGGGGCAACUGCUGGAGCUGCGGACGGAGAAUUACCGGCUCUCGGACGAGCUGCGCAAGAACAGCGCCGAGCUGACGGGGCUGCGGCAGCGGGUGCAGGCGCUCGACAAGGACCUGGCCAAGGCCCACAAGGCCCUCAGCAAGAGCAAGAAGGCCCAGGAGGUGGAGGCGCUGCUGGGGGAGACGCGGAUGCUGCAGGGGAAGCUGCAGAGCCAGGAGGACGACUUCCGCCUGCAGAACAGCACCCUGCUGCGCGAGCUCGCCAAGCUCUGCGCCCAGAUCGAGGGGCUGGAGGAGGAGAACCGGCGCCUGCGGCAGGGGGGGCCCCCGGCGCCCCCCCGCAGCCCCCCCGCGCCCGCGGGGACCCCCCCGGACGGGACCCCCGGCGAUGGCGGGGAGCCCACAGCGGCGUCCGACGCCCCCCAGGAGCCCCCCGAGGAGCCGGCGGCCGAGGAGGGGGGCCGGGGAGACGCCCCCCCCGCGGAGCCCCCCCCGCCCGCCCCCCAGGUGGAGGUGGCCCAGCUGCAGGAGGAGGUGGCCAAGCUGACGGAGAAGCUAAGGAAAAAGCAGGAGAGUUUCGCGCGGCUGCAGGCGGAGAAGGACGCGCUGGGCGACGACAGUAGGACGAAGGUGGAGGAGCUGCGGGAGCUGCGGGAGCAGAACCAGCGGCUGCAGCGGGAGCUGGAGGCCGCGGCCCAGGCGGCAGCACGAAGCGCCGAGCGGGCCGACGCCGCGGGGGCCGAGAGCGAGGUGCUGCGCGCCGGCAAAGCCGCCCUCGAGCAGGCGGCGGCGGGGCUGCGGCAGCGCAGCGGGGCCCUGGCCCGGGAGCUGCGGGAGGCCCAGGCGGCCGGCGAGGCCCGCGACGCCCAGCUGGAGGCGCGGGGCCGGGAGCUGGCGGAGCUGCGGCGGCGGCUGGCGGAGGCCCAGGGCGCCCGGGAGGCCGGCGAGCGGGGCCUGCGCGAGGCCCGGGAGCUGCUGGAGACGCGGCGGCGGGAGGAGGAGGAGGCCGCCCGGGCCCUGCGCCAGCAGCACCAGGCCGAGCUCCAGGCGCAGGGCGCCCGGUUGCAGGAGGCGCAGGCGGAGGCCGAGCGGCUGCGGGAGCUGCAGGAGGCCGACGGGCGGGCGCUGCGCCAGGUGCCCCCCCCCAAAACCCCCCCCCUUAAACCCCCCCCCAAAUCCCCCCCCCUUGAAAUCCCCCCCCAACCCCCCCCUUAA